AUGGAAGUAAAUUCAGGAUACUUAUUUUAAGAAUCUGAAGAAUAAAUUAUAAACAAAAGAUGUACUUCUUCAGUUUAUACUUAUUCUAAAGAUUAUUAUCAUAAAUUGUAUUAGAAAAAUUUUGAUAUUUAUGAACCGAUAGCUUCAAUUACUUUGGAAAUGGAUAUUUCAGUUAUGUAUGUCAGAAAUUAAUAUCCAACCAUAAGUGAGGUUUUGGCUAGCAUAGGUUCAAUAAUUUAAAUACUAUUAUUAAUUAGAUAUUUAUUUUAUGCUUUGAAUAGAAAUUAAUUAAAUUAAUAUAUGAAAUCUGCCAUAUUGGCUAACUAUUAUCCUGAAUGGAAAGAUAUUAAGAUGAUCAAUAAAAACAAAAUCAAAACUUGUAUCUUAGAUGAUAAGAAAAUAAAAAUUACAAGUAUUUAGAAAUUUGAGAAUGAAAUUAAUGAAAUGCACCACCGUAUCUGUUAUUAAAUAUUCAUUUAAAUUAAUCCAAAUUAUAAUUUUAACUAGAUCAAGAUAUACAUGAUUUUAAUAUGAAAAAUGAAUGGUCUUAAUUUGAGGAUUAUAGGGAUGCAAUUAAUUAAAAUCAUUUAGAUCCAUUUUUAUUUAGUUAUCAUUGGAAAAUCAAAAAUCAGAUUAAUAGUUUUAAUAGAAUAUCAUCUUUUGAUAAUGAAUAACUACAAAAGUAAAAUAAAUCAACUUAAAAACAGGAUAAUCCAGUAUAAAUGGUUGAUGAAUUAAGAAAUUAAGAUAGUAAAAGUUGCAUUGAGAUUCAAGAUUAAAUUAUUUAAGAUUGA